AUGUACGGCAGAAAUGGGGCUCCCUUCUUGGAGCCUUCUUUCUCUGUUCCUGUUUCUUGGGACCUAACUGGGAGGCGACCUGAGCUGGGCUUGUUGAAAGGCCAGGGCGUGGGUCCUGGUGCUGAGCAGGACUCCGGACCCAGAAACCAGACACAAGAACGCAUGGCUGGAUAUACCGUGAUAACUCCAGAUAAAGUCCGAAGAGACAAGAUAACGAGGAUUGCUAAGAAAGAAUUGGAAGAUCUGGAGAAAUGGAGACAGAAACAACGAUCUAAGCCAAUUCACACAAAGCCAAAUAAACUAGGUGGAAACCAAUCUGAGGCUGAAGCUAGGAAGAAACAACAAAGUCAACUCUUACAGUUUAAAUAUCAGCAAAAGCUAAAAAGAGAAGAAUCUCUAAGAAUCCAGAAGGAAAUGGAAGAAGCUAAAUUCCAAGAAGUAAAGGCAAUUCAGAGAGAGAAGAGCCAUAAAUUGGAGGAAAAAAGAAGGCUUCAAGAGAAGCAAAGGAAAGAAGCAUUUAACGAUCCACCUCCCUGCAAAUUCUCUGAAUUCUUCAGUGGCCUGGAACCAAAGGUCCUUCCCAGAAGCUCCCAUCAAACUUCUUCUCAUUCUGACCCAAUAUGGAAACUUCCUGCCCUACCUAAGGAACACAGCUUGGACAGAAACGAAGUGCCUAAGACUGCCCUUAAAGAGCAAGAAAAUCGGAAACUUUACAAGAUGAAGGAUGAACAAUGGAAGAAGGGUGACUUACUGGAAGUUAAACGACAAUGGCAAGAGGAGGAAAGAACAAAAGCUCGCCAACAUGAUCAGAGGAGGGUAAAUAAUGCUUUUCUGGACCGAAUACAAGGCAAAAGUCAACCAGGUGGCCUCCUCCAAUCUGGUGGCUUUGGAAAUAUGAAUUGUGGCAGAGGCUGGGGUGUUUGAGACAUUCUGCACUUUCAUCCAGCCUUAGUCAACUGACCUUGAAAAAGCCCUGGGGAUAUUUUUUUCUCUUUU